GUCAAAAUUUGUUUAUCAUUGAUUGCAUCUUUCACUUUUUUACAAAUUACAAACCAAUUUAUUAAUAUAAUUCGCUCAAAUGCUUGGAAAGUGAGUAUGUAAAUAGCAAUGUCUGAACAAGAAGAUGGGUACUGCCGUCUGUGCGCCGAGCCUACGCCGGUAGCACAGCUGUUAUCGCCCGAUGAAGAUGUCGGUCUCAACUCCAAAAUAUCAGCGAAAAUGCAAUGGAUUAACGUCGAUAUUUCUUCAAAUGCACUACCGACGACAAUCUGCUUCUCAUGCUUCGACUUAUUAGAGCGUACGUGGUCGUUUUUACACAACGUAAGGACUGCUCAAGAGAAAUUAAACAAUAUAUUCUUGAAGAAAACUGAGUCGGACGAUUCCAACGAUGUGAAGCCUGGGAGCCCUGUAGAGGCCGGAAAACCGGUUAAUACUGAUUGGGAAGAGUUUAAAGACACGAAACAGGAGGUGAAAGACGAACUUCCUAUAGACGACUUGCAAAUUAUCACUGUAGAUCCUAACUCUUUGCUAGACGUAGACUUUUCGUUGAUAAAAACUGAAAACGAAAGUGAUAUGGGAGCAAAUGAUGAACCUAUCGACUCCUCAGACAGCGACCUGCCUCUGAGGUUAGCCGUUAAAAAGAAAAAGUCAAAAAAGAAGAGGCGUUCGGUUGUAGAAAUAGAAAUGAAUGGCUUAGAUGUACGACCGUUAACAUGGGAUGAUUACAUGUGCAGGUGUGCUCACUGCGAUGCCCAGUGCAAGAAUAUCGCAUCACUACGUCUGCACUCGCUACAAAUACAUUCUUGCUGCUGUUCGUUCAAAUGCUCGGACUGUAACAAAGUCAUCGCCAACUUUAGGACAUUCAUAAACCACGUAAGAAUUCACAACAAACUGCUCAGAUAUUGCUGCGAGUUUUGCAAUAAACGGUUCACCAGAUCGUCUCAUAUGAAGAAACAUUGCAAUAUGGUCCACCGAGAUGCCUUUUUACUUAUGUGUGGAAACUGCGGUACGGGCUUUGAAACACACGAGCUUUUAAAAGACCACAUCCUAUUGUAUUCUAAGGGAAUCAAGAAACGCAAAGUGAAAACGGAGAAUAUUGAGUCUGAUUUAAAAUGCUCUAGUUGCAAUAAAGAGUUUAAAUCGAGAAGCAAUUUGCAGCAGCACAUGUUAGUGCAUUCGAAUCGUAGCAGAGACUUCUCGUGUCACAUUUGCGGCAAAAUGUUCUUCACAAAAGGUACACUAAGCACUCAUAUGGCAACACACGAUGACACCAAGCCUUUCAAAUGUGAAUUCUGCCCAAUGGCAUUUCGGGCACGAGGCAAUCUCCAAUCCCACGUCAGUCUGCACUCUGGAGCGAAACCAUUUGUCUGUGAGCAGUGUGGAAAAAGCUUCAGAGUGAAACGCCAUUUGAAAUCGCACUCGAUAGUCCAUACAGACUUGAUGCCAUACGUCUGCGAAUACUGUCAUAAGACAUUCCGUUUCAAAACCCGACUCAACUUACAUUUGAGACAGCACACUGGGGCUAAACCGUACCACUGUAUAUACUGUCGGAGAGAAUUCACCAACGGUUCGAACUUCAAAAAACAUAUGAAACGUAGACACAAUAUUGAUACGACUAAAAAGAAAUUUAACACUGUAAUAGAGCAACCCUUAGAAGGUGCAAUUGACAUCAGCACACAAUCAUGAAAUAUUGAUUUUAAUACAAAAUAGAUUAAUGUAAAAUUAUUUAUACAGGGUGUCCCAAAUUUUGCAUGUCACUCACACCAGAGGUAGAUGAACCGAAGACGCAUUGAACAUUAUGGCGAUUAUCACACUGCGCCGCGGUCCGCGUGAUUUCAUAUAAAAAAUCCCGUUGGCUCGGCGCACAGACUCGUUGUCAGUGUGUUGUGCCGCGCGUGUUUUCUAUACAAACUGAGGUACUUGCAUACAAUGAUUAAAUCUGUCGUCCCGCGUACCGCGG